AUGGCGGGGCAAAAUCCGGGCUCACCUACUGACUUUCAAUACUUUUACGAGGAUGAAGUGUAUAAAAUUAAUAAUCGUGGCCAAGUUGUAUUUGGACUUGUUCUUGAAAAUUACGAAGCUAACUCCAGCGACCAGGAGAGCGACAUUGAAACACCUAUCCAAAAAGGUGAAAUUCGUGUUGUGUGGCAUCCUUCGGGAACCGAGCGAGUUAUAUCCGAGAAGUCGGUUGGCCUUGCUGAUCGCUCCUUGAUGCCUGGCGAUGUAGUAAGGCGCCUCAUAGCAGGAAAAGAUACCCAGCGUGGAUACUGCCGUGACAUCGUGAUGACAGCGGCAUUACAAAUUGUGGGAACAAAACAUGUCAUACCAAGUGUUGCAAGCGAGAGGCUCCAACCCCUAGAAGAGUUCACACCAGACCUUGCAGUGUGCCUUGAUUCUUGGGUUGGAACAUCUAAAGCUGUCCACAGCAAACUCCGGCUCGUUUCGGCCGAUGGUUCCCGCCUUGAAUACCCAGACCUGGACAGCUGUCCCCUUGAAGACUAUUCCAUGAGGCGACGCCGAUCAACUCCAUACUCCUCAUCAGAGUUCUACCCUGGUCAAGUGGUGUAUGGACCUCUGGGCUCCUUGGACAAUGCUAAUUGGCUCCAUGUAACCAAGGAAAUGAAGGCUGCCAGAAAACACAAGAUGCACGACCAUAAGUUCACAGUGGAGGCGGUCGUCACGGAGAGUGUUAGCGUGCACUGGCAAUGUCGGGCGCUGUGCACCCACCCCACGGACUCCAACGCACCCCAGCAGCCCAAGUUCCUGGUCGAGGGUGAGGAAUUGAAGAAUCUGAAACUGCUCAACGUGUUCGAGCCCUGUACGCUGCAGGUCGGCGACAGGAACUUCCUGACUAUCGGACCCGACGACACCUUCGUCAGUAAGAAGCAGUGGAGGAAACAACAGAGCAAAUACUUCCGCAACCUGCGCAAGCAGUCCCGGCCCACCAAGAAACCCUCGAAGGGAGAAGCCAACGCUUCGGAUCACAUGCCAUCGAGGCCCAGGAAACGCGCCUCGACGCACCGGAAGCUGAAGUCCACGGACGCAGACAACGAGAUGGAGGUGGACGUUGUGGACGACAAGUUGGAGUCGCUCGACGAGGCGCUGAAGGCGGACGCUAACUGCCCCGGCAUCAGGGUCGAGCGCAGCGCCCACUGCGGCUCGUCUACUGCCAGCCACGAGGAGACCGGCGCCGAGGAGAAGAACGACUCGGGCAUCAGCCCCGAGCCGAUGAAGGAGGACGGCGCUCUUUUGAACGGCGACGGGCGAGCGGGCGACGGUGGCGCCAACGACGACGACUCGGACAACUGGGAGAACACGAGCAGCGACGGCAGCGACACCGACAGGCGAGAGAGACUUGCAAACAUGUUUUCGGGAACAUUCCGCGGUGCGACGUGGUCGUCACGCUGCUCGUCGGCGGCGUCGCAGCGGGGCAAGCGGUCGCCGCAGCUGGCGGUGCGUUUGCUACGCGGCAAGCGGCUGAAGCGCACAGUGAGGCGCGCCCCGCCCGCCCCGCCGCCGCGCACCGGCGACAGGGUCGUGGUCGAGACGCUGCACACCACCAGCCGCGCGAACGUCGUAUGGCAGGAUGGAACUAUAGAGAUGGGCAUCCCAUCUACCCAACUAUAUCCAAUUCACCAUCUGGACGGUCAGGAAUGUUUUCCGGGAGAUUUCGUGGUCAGCGGAGCAGCUAACAUUGAAGAAAACCAACAACUCAAGCACAGGGAAUAUGGUGUGGUGCAGCGCGUGGACCACCACGGCCGAACAGCCAUUGUGCACUGGUAUCGAACCUACACCAGCGUCGAGGAGCCUGUGCCCCAAAUGCUGAACGAGAGCGAGAUGAGCGUGUACGACCUGAAAGACCACCCGGACUUCCAGUAUCGUCCGGGCACGGUCGUCAUAAGAGUGGCCAAUUUCACAGGGGAAGACGCCAACUGUACGGCCGGACAGGUCAUAGACAACUUCCCGACGGGGCGCGUGAAGGUGUGGUGGGUUGAUGGACACACAAGUAUGUGUUGGCCUCAGGAUUUGUAUAAGGUGGGCGAGUACGACUCGGAGGAGGGCGAGCUGUGGGGCUCGGAGGGCUCCGGCUCGGAGGACUCGUGGGAGACGCAGAGCUCGGCGCGCGACGAGCCGCGCACGCCGGACGCCGCGCCCCCGCCCCCCGCCAACGCGGCCAACCCCGCCGCGCACCCCGCGAACGCCCACCAACACGCGCACCCGCACCCCGCCCACUACGGGCCGCACCCCAGGCGCAAGAUCAGCCUGCCAGUGCUGGGCAACAGCCCGAGCGAGGAGGCCGCGCCAGAGGCGGUCGUCGGCAACGUGACGGGCGUGACGAGCGGCGUGACGAGCAGCGUUGCCAGCGUGACGGUGCCACGGCUGCUGGAGCCGAGGGUGGCGGCGCACAUCGAGCGCGGCCGCCUGGCAAUGCGCCGCCUCGAGGACAUGUUCGCCAAGCACCCGACGCUUCAGAGCCAGGAGAUAAUGAGGAAACUGCUGAAUCUCUACAAGGACUGUCGUUUCCUGGAUCGCUUGAUGGGCACAACUUUCUUCCACGAGGAUCACUUCCUGGGCCUUCUGGAGCGCGUGCGUGAGAGAGGAGCGAGCACGCCUCGCGCCGGCGAGCGACGCGUGCACGAGCAACUGGCUCGGCUGUUCACGCCGAGCGAGUCGGACGAGCCAGUAGCCGAGCCCGCCGAGCCCGUCGAGCCAGCCGAGCCAGCCGGCGACGCGCUCGACGCGAUGCUGGUGGACGACGCUGAGAAGGAGAACGGCCGCGCGAUCGUCACCUCCAACGUGACGGUCGAACCGAUGGAGAUCGAGGCGAACUCACCGAAAAAGCCUUUGCACCUGAACAUCGAAGCCGUCCAGCCGUCCGGAUCUGAAUUCGUUUCUGCGGAGAACACAUCGGCCGAAAACGGUACCGGCGAGAAGGAAGCGGAUGGAACCACCCGCAACGUGUGCUACAAGCUGUGCUCGCUAAUACACGCUCAAUUGAUGAAGGCGCAUGCUGAAGUAGGCCGGAGAAGGCCGCAAGAGUUGGCCGAAUUCCUUAACAACCUAGUGAAAGAUUCAAACGCGAUGGAAGAGAAGUUACCCUACCACUUUUCAGUCCAAUACGGUGCUCUGGUGGUGAGCAUGGCGGACCUGGACGAGAAGGGGGCCGAAGUGAAGGUCGUCGGGGCGGGGGUGAAGGACGCCGCCACCACCACGGCCGCCUCGCACGAGGGGGAGGCGAGCGGCGGCCAAGAGGCGGCGCCUCUCGCCCCCUCCGAGCCCGCUCCGGAGGGGGCGAUCGGUGCGGGGGCGGUGGCGGGGGCGGGUGCGGAGGCGGAGGGGGGCGAGGGGUUCUGCUUGCUCGAGAGCGCGCCAGCCGGCCACCGCUUCCGCCUCUUCAUACUGCAGCCCUCGGAGCCGCGCACCUUCUACUCGGCGGUGAAGCGCGAGAUCAAGCUGCUCAAGAGCGACCUGCCGCCGGGCGUGUGGGUGCGCGGCUUCGAGGACCGCAUCGACCUGCUGUCGGUGAUGAUCGCCGGCCCCAGCCGCACCCCCUACGAGGGGGGCCUGUUCGUGUUCGACGUGCAGCUGGGGGGCGAGUACCCGCGCGCGCCGCCCCUCUGCCACUACCACUCCUACUGCAGCGACCGGCUCAACCCCAACCUCUACGAGGACGGAAAGGUGUGCGUAUCCCUGCUGGGCACGUGGUCGGGGCGCGGCGUCGAGGUGUGGGGCAAGGACAGCUCCCUGCUGCAGGUCAUCGUGUCCCUGCAGGGCCUCAUCCUGAACGCGGAGCCCUACUUCAACGAGGCCGGCUACGAGAAGCAAAAGGGCACGCAGCAGGGCACCGAGAACUCGCGCAUGUACAACGAGAUGGUGCUGCUGAAGCUGGUGCAGUCGAUGACGCGGAUGGCGCUCAGCCCGCCGGAGCCGUUCCGCGAGGAGGUGCUGCGGCACAUGCGCGCCGCCGCGGGCCCGCUCUGCCGCCGGCUCGAGGCGCUCGCGCUGCUCUCGAGCGGGCGCGGGGCGGACGCGCCGCCGCCCGACUACCCGCUGCUGCCCGCCUCGCGCGGCUUCUGCCUCACGCUGCGCUCCUCGCUCGACGCCUUCAGGGCGGCGCUCGCGCGGAACGACAUCGAGGUGCCGCCCACCGUCUUA